AUGGUUGGAGCUACAAGGAAAGAUUGGGCAAGAAAGCUGGAUGAUGCCCUUUGGGCAUAUAAAAUUGCAUUCAAAAUACCACUUGGGAGGUCAUCUUUUCAGCUACUCUAUGGCAAAGCCUGCCACCUCCCUGUGGAGCUCGAGCACAAGGCUUUUUGGGCCACUAAGCUCGUCAAUCUUGAUUUUCAAGCAGCAGGAGAAAAGAGGUUACUGCAACUCAAUAAACUGGAUGAAUUUAGACUAGAAGCCUAUGAGAAUGCUAAAAUCUACAAGGAAAGGACCAAAAGAUGGCAUGACAAGAAAAUUGCAAGGAGAAAUUUUGAGCCAGGACAACAAGUGCUAGUGUAUAACUUCAGACUCAAGAUUUUCCCUGGCAAGUUUAAGUCCAAAUGGACUGGUCCUUAUGUAGUGACUAAGGUCUCCCCACAUGGAAAUCUUGAACUCCUGAAUGAAGCUUCAAAGGAUACAUUCACAGUAAAUGGUCACAGGGUGAAGCACUACCUGGGAGGACCAUGGGACAAGGAGGAGAGUAUUCAUGAGCUAACUUGA